AUGUCUACUGUUUUGCGUUAUGUGAAUAAAACGAGACAUGUAGUUGAACGAUUUAUUAGGAUUGAACAUGUUUCCAAUACUACUGCCCUAUCACUUAAGGCUGUUAUAGAUAAAUUAUUUUCUAAAUUUGGGUUAAGUAUAUCUAGAUUGCAUGGGCAAGAUUAUGAUGGGGCUAGCAACAUGCAAGGUCAGUUUAAUGGUCUCAAAGCACUUAUUUUGAAAGAGAACCCGUGUGCUUUCUAUGUUCAUUGUUUUACUUAUCAACUUCAAUUGGCAUUUGUAGCUGUAGCAAAGAAACAUGUGCAAGUUACUUCGCUCUUUAAUUUGGUUUCUAGAGUGGUGAGUAUUGUUGGAGCGUCAUCGAAAUGUUGUGAUCUUUUGCGAGAGAAACAAGAAGCCAUAAUUUUUGAAGCACCCCAUAAUGGUGAUAUUUCAAGUGGCUGGGAUCUUAAUCAACAAAGUACGAUUACUCAUUUUAGUGAUACUCGUUGUGGAUCGCAUUAUGGUACUUUGAUUAGUUUGAUUUCCAUAUUCUCGCCUAUAGUUGAUGUUCUUGAAAUGAUUGUUGAUGAUGGAUCUACUGAACAAAAAUGUGAGGUAGAUGAUUUAUUAGACUCAAUACAGUCAUUUGAAUUUGCCUUUAAUUUACAUCUCAUGAUAACCAUCUUAGAGAUUUCAAAUGAAUUGUCUAAGGCAUUACAAAGAAAAGAUCAAGAUAUUGUAAAUGCUAUUACUUUAGUGAAAAUAUGCAAACAAAGCCUCCAAGUGAUGAGGGACAAUGAGUGGGAUUUGUUUUUGAAAGCAAUGGUUUCUUUUUGUGAAAAGCAGAAUAUUGAUGUUCCCGACAUGGAUGGUGUUUUUAUACGCCGAGGUCGCUCACGGCGUAACACAGAAGAAAUGACAAAUUUGCAUCACUUUCAUGUGGACUUGUUCUAUGCUAUCAUUGAUAUGCAACUUCAAGAAUUGAAUGACCGUUUUUUUGAUGUUAGUACUAAGUUACUUCUUUGUAUAGCAUGGUUAUGCCCAAAUGAUUCAUUUUUUGUUUUUGACAAGGAAAAAUUAAUUCAUUUUGCUGAGUAUUAUCCUAAAGAUUUUUCAAGAGUAAAGCUAAUGGCACUUGAUGAUCAGCUUCAAACUUAUAUUUUUUAUAUGUAUUCCAAUAAAGAGUUUGAAGAAUUACGGCGACUCGACGAACUUGGAUAG